AUGGCGACAAGCGCAUCUGCUUUGCUCACACCCACAACAACCUUCUCCACCACAAUCUCCCAGAAAAACCCAAACUCAAUCUCCUUCCACGGCCUCCGUCCUCACCGCCUCGGUAGCUCCUCCUCCGCCUUACCCAAGCUAUCCACCACCUCCGGGAGAAGAUCUUCCUCCGCCGUCGUUAGAGCCGAACUCAGCCCAUCCGUCGUCAUAAGCCUCAGCACUGGUCUCUCCCUCUUCCUAGGGCGGUUCGUCUUCUUCAACUUCCAGAGAGAGAAUGUGGCGAAACAGGUUCCGGAGCAGAACGGGAAAACCCAUUUCGAAGCCGGUGAUGAUCGUGCCAAGGAAUAUAUUGAUAUACGCACUCACAAUCCUAUUAACCUCAUGAACAAUCCUGAUCAAACGAGUAUACGCUUGCAUAGGACUCAUCCUCAACUCACAAAUCAAUCUAUCAAUCUUGUUAAGCACCAAACAAGGAGUCAACUUCUCGAUACAAGCUUGACGCAACACAGCAUGCGUCUGAAUUUGUACACCUUCAACAGCAUCAACCAAAACCAAAGCACCAUCACUAAGCCUAGCAGCUGUAGAGACUUUACUACAGAAGUCCAUGUAGUGAUGAAACACGAAGAGUAAUACACACAUGUAUGAUGCAAAGAUCUCAUAAGCAUAUUUCUGGUGAUGAAACACGAAUCAAACAUUCAUAACCUUAAUAAUCAUGUC